UUCGUUUCGUUAUUUCUUAUUUAAAGCACAUUGCACUCUAUCUGCCGAUACUCUGACUUUACACAAAGUCUAAAGUUCUGUUUUUUUUUUUUCUCCUUGGACGAAUGAGGUUAGAGUUCACAAGUCAGCAACUUUCACAAUACAUUUUCUGCCCCAAACCUCUAGAAUACUUGACUCGCCAGACGUACGGAGAACCACGUGUUCAAAGUUGUCUGCUAUCAAAGUUUUGAAUUUUAACUAUCUAAAAAUUUCAAAUUUGUUCAUCUUUGAUCUCCGAGAUGUGGAUUGUCAUAACUUUCGUUUUUAGCGUCAUAGGUUCUUCAAAUUCUCUUCCUGCACCAGUAUCAACUCUUCAGUAUGAAACAGGACUGUCUUAUAAAUACAAUUAUCAAUUUACAAUUCUCGUAAAUGAAGAUUCUAACAUAACCAGUCGAAGUGCUGCUGUGGGCAGAAAUGUUGGCUACAAAGUAUCAUCUGAAUUUCUAAUUUCCAAUAUUUGGGAAAAUUCUGAUAAUCCAAAGGAGAAAUUGCUAAAACUGGAGUUACUCAAGCCAGAAUUGCAUGUUUCAUCAACUAUGCAUUCUACUGAUGGAAUCAACAGACACUGGUCAAAAUUGGAUAAUUUGUCUUAUCCUCCAAUUUACAUUCAUUGGCAUGAAGGAAUAGUUAAGAAAGUAUAUCUGUUGCCAGAUUCUCCAUCUUUAACAAAUAUUAAGAAAGGCUUAGCUAGCUUAUUUCAAGUGCAUGUGACUAAUAAUCCUGUUAAAGAGUUAGAUGUUUCUGGAUUAUGUGAAGUUCAGUAUAAAGUACAUGGCUCUACAAUUAAGAAAAAUAAACAUAAUUGCCGAAGAACUUUCUAUCAAAACAAUUUUGGUCCUGAUCAAGCCCAAGCCCCAAGUAUAACUACAUCAUCAGAAAUGAUCAUAAAUUUAGUUCCACAGGAAAAUAUUAUUCAAAAAGUUACUGGAAGAGAAGAAGUCAUGAUGUCAUUGAAUUUAUGGAAACAAGCUGCAGUAUUUAUAAAAGCAAAAUUGCAUGUAAAUUACAUUGAGCGAUAUGGAACUGUUACCACAUAUAAUGGUAAUAAACUUGCUUCGGUGUUAAAAGCUGUAGCAACAGAAAUGGGAUCACAGUUGAAAGAAGAAUCACUUGAAGUUUCAGCAGGUGAAAAUGCCUGUAUAGGAGGGAAGUGUAAAUCUCUGUCUGAACUGAUUGGAGAGUAUGGCAAAAACUUACUUCCAGAGAACUUGGGACAAGUCAGAUCUGCUGCUGGAUUCUUAAAGUUACUUGAUGGCUUUCGUAGAGCAUCUAAAAAAGAAUUACUGAUGACAUUCAAAAAUACAGAUGAAAAGAUUCUAACUCAGUUGCUUGAUAUACUAGCUGCUGCUCAAACAGAUGAUUCAUUAGAUGUAGCAUUUCAGUUAAUAGAUUUUGAAAGUAAAGAUAUUGAAAUAGCUGAACGUUUCUUGCUGUGCCUUGCAACUGUUCCUUACCCAAAUGAAGUUACUAUCACAAAACUUUUGAAACUUUUUAACAGAAAGAUUAAGAGUGAAAAGUUACGAGCUACAAUGUUAAUAUCAUUAUCAUCUUUGGCGAAGACAUAUUCCCGAAAUAAUCCAAAAAACAUGAAUUCUUUGAUUGUACAAAGUGUCAGUGAUAUGUUGCUGCGAGAAUUGUCUGAAUGCGAUCAUGCUGGAUGCAUCUUGAAUCAUAUACUUGCAUUACGAAAUGCUGCUUUGCCUCAACAUAUACCUACACUCCUGGAAUAUAUUAAGAAAGGGGGAAUUCUUGGACUUGUAUCUUUGGAAGCCAUAAAAGAUAUUGGUGAGCAGCAUUUCACCAGAGAGGUGAAUGAUGUUUUAUUAAAAGUUUAUAAUCAGUUUUGGCCUCAUCAAGAACCCGCUGCACGUGUACUAGCUGCUGAAAUUUUGAUAAGAAGCAACCCAACCAUAGAAACUAUUGGAAAUAUAGUAUUAUCACUAUCAGAUCAACAGCAACCAGAAAUCAGUACACUUGUUUUGUCAAAAUUGUAUACUUCUAUGCAAAAAAGUGACAUUGUAAGGUCUUGUGUAAAAGAGGUGUUACGAAAUGUCACAUUUGGAAAUUAUAAUAAUUUAGCUCAAAAUGGAUCAUCCACAAGUUUUAUUAAUAUACUACAAGCUACACAUGAUGCCAAUGUCACAUAUGGCAUAAAUAUGGAAAUGCGUCCAACUGGAAUGCUAAGGAGAACUAGCUUAGAUUUGAACCUAAUGAAUAAUCAAGAAAAUUUGCACUUACUGUCAGUAAGUGAAUUUCAUAACCAUUUGUUUUUAAGGGAAAAAUAUUGUGAAGCAUAGAAUUAGUUAUCUAAUAACAAUGCCAAUUUUAUU